AUGCCCGACAUCGACCCCGCGGCCCUGAGCCGUCCGGCCGUCAGCCUGUCGACCCCGACUCUAUCGAACAAAACUCUGUCCAUCACUGCGCCUGGCUCCGGAAAGCCUGUGAAAACCAGCCAAAUCAUUCCUGCCCGCAUUGACCUUGAACCGGUGUAUUCCGCGCUCAAGGGCGCCAUCGGCGGAGAGAAAUGGCUCGUGUAUAAGGAGUCGACGACCGAAUUCUUGACUGGCCGUCUCAGCCAAGCCGAAUACUCGGAACGAAUAGACCCCAUCCUAGCCGACAACAAUGGUGAGAGGGACCAUCUUCAUAACCAGCUCAUUGCCGCCAUACUCGGCAAUGUCACACGAGAGAUGCCCGACCAGGGCCUGGCGCCUUGGGUUAGCGCAAACGACAAGCCUAUGCCUGGCGCUGGCAGUAAGCCUGUCACAGGUGAUGCUGCCGAAAGAAGGUUGAAGGGGGAGGUGAUGCAAUUACCACCCCGAGAUCGCAGGCGCAUAAAGGACCUUGCACACAACGAUUAUGAUCCCCAUGAGAGCUUAUCAAAUCUCUUUGCGGACACGCACCGCAAAUCAUCCACAUCCGUCGAGCCCAUUCCAACCACUGCAACUGGUAUUAACAAUAUGAACUUUGACUUGGAAAUUAGAAAACGAUUUGCGCAACCUCUGGCUAUUGAGUCUGGGGAGUUCCCGGAUGUUGGCGUUAUAAGUGGGCGCAUGUUGCCGUUCUGCUACGAGGCAGGGCUUCCCAGCGGUCACGCAUCAGACGCGCCACAACUAGUAACAGUGGCUACAGAGACCUUUAUCAAAGAAGUAUUAACCCAAAUAUUCAGCCGCACGCGCAGUAAUGGUGCCGGCGACUCGGGCAACGCGGGCUACGGCAUCGGCAUGACAUGGAUUCAGACGCACAAGUACAAGAAACAGCUUCAUCGAGAGGAAGAGGCGGCUAUUCGUGGAGAAAUCACGCGUGAUAAAGGUGGAUUGCUUCCUGUUGAGGCAAAAGCCGCCAAUGAACGCGGGCCGUUGGGCAUGGCCGACUUGAGACUGGCCCUCGAAAUGGCCGAUACAGGCAUGGCCCAGUUCCCUAUUCUGUCGACGCAAGUCAUUUAUGGGUAUCGCGAGGGCGAACUCGAACAGUGGGACGACUAUACGUGGUAUUAUCACGAGCCUCCCGCGGUUGAGGAACUUGUAGAUGGUUAUGACGCCAAACCCACCAUCAACGGGUACGGAGACGCCAUGGACUUGGACCAGGAAACAUGGUGGGACGGAGCAGAGACCGGCGAUAUGGAUAUGCUGGAUGGGAUGCUGGACUCUUGUCUUGCCGUGGGAUCAUAG